UUUUUUUUUCUUCAACAAUUCAAAAGUUCUUUUUAAGAGGGCAACUUACAAGUCAAAAUCUUCCCUUACAUCUUGUAACUUCACAUCCGAAUUGUUCAGAGGGGCAUUUCUUUAUUUCAAAGGAUUCUAUAACUAAAAUGCAUUCCCUUCGACGCGCAGCUGCCAGAGCAGCAUGCUCUUCAACUCUUGCCGUCGCUGCCCCGCGCCAGCAGAUUGCUUCUUUUGCCAUGCAGAUCUGCAAGGCGAAUGCGCGACCGGCUACUAUCAUGCCUCUAGCUCGUCAUUUCUCUCAGACAUCGCGGGUUGCCCAAGAUGAGAGUGAGCGGGCUGCUGUAGAAGGGGCCAUCGGAUCUGCUGAACAGACCGGUUCUACGGCCAACCAGACUCCAGAUGACCUUUCCGAUAAGAUCUUCGUCAGGAACCUUCCCUACGAGGCCACAGAUGAUCUUGUUAGGGAGGCGUUUGCCAAGUAUGGAGAUAUCGUAGAAAUCCGCAUAGGCCGUGACCCCUCAGGCGCCAGCAAAGGCUACGGUUUCAUUACCUACUCAAACGCAGAGGCAGCAAGCCGCGCCAUUGAGGAAGCAGACAACUCGUUCUGGCAGGGUCGUCGCAUCUUUGUUCAGCCCAGGACAUCGCCUUCUAAUGGUCCGCGUAGAGAAAAGGCCCCGGAACAGCCGACGUCCUCGCUAUACAUUGGUAACAUUCCAUACGAGACGUCUGAUGCCGAUCUAAACAACAUCUUCCGGGAUCUAGACGACGUUAUCAAUGUGCGCGUAGCUGUGGACCGCAACACUGGCUGGCCUCGCGGCUUCGCCCAUGCUGAUUUCAAGGACAUGGAGAGCGCGCAGAGGGCAUUCGACAAGCUCCAGAACUAUCAGCUAGGAGACCGCACUCUACGCGUUGACUUCGCGAGCGCUCCGAGAACCGACCGACCUCGAUCUAUCCGAAACCGAGACCCGCGCAACUAGGCGGGUUUCGACAGGUGCAAUGCUUUUGCCUUAGGAUUGAUGGCUAUAAUCUCAUAUUCCGGGAGGCACUAUCCGCUGGACGAUAGGUUAUGUGGCAUGUGACCAGGAAGGCGUCAUGACAGAUGAGAGGUUCGAGGCGACAUGGAUCAGGCCUUACCAGCAGCUAUUCAUCUAUUGAAUGGAAAGCUAUUGUAUGUAACAACACAAGUUCAAGUUCUUUUAAGAAGAGCUGCCUCUAUCAAAUAUCGAUAGUUAGCACAAAACUGGUUUUCAUAGGAAACUGAAUGUAAAACUUCUCUCUAA